UAACAAAAAUUUCGUCGUACGGAUCAUCAUGUACUUUUCGGAAGCGGACAAAUAGACAGAAGACGAUUAGUUUAGUAACAGUGUACCAUUUAAAAAAAAUGGUUUACAUAUCAAGAAAUGGUACUGUGCGGGAAUCCCAACCUUGGGGUGUUGAUCGCAUCAAAGGUCUUAUUAUGGGAUUUUUCAACUUCAUUCUAAUGUUUUUCCGAACAAUGCUCGACUUCAAUCUUGGUGCUGGAUCGGAAGGCCGUGACGGUCAGCGAGGUGGAGGUUCCGGUGGUGGCGGCCCUCCUAGACCACCGAGACGCCCUAUUGGGCGCCCAAUGACGCUAUCGGAUUGCACCAUUCCAGGUGGUGGAUGAGCACGGUAAAGUGUCAAAGGUUGAAGCAACAUUCGCCUUUGGCACCGUAGUAUUUCGCUCGCAACCGUGGUGCCCGUAGGUCUGACCUACGUAUGACGGGCAAGUUCUCAACCUGUGCUACCAAAAGGCGGAUUUGUCUCGAAGAGGGUUCCACGGUUUCGUCAAAGAUGUCUGUUUCUUCCAUCACAGACAUGCAUCUCUUUCGUUCUAUUUCAGUAAAAAAAAUUCCGACUUUGUUUUCUAAAUCUGUUUAUUGUAACUACGAGCUGAUCGGUUUAUCAAGAAUUAAAUCUUUGCAUUAACUACAACAGCAACAAAACUGUGGUCGGUCGGAUGUGUAGUUCUUCCUAUAAAUUUGUAUAGUGCACAGUGAUACAAAUAACAGCAUUGCAAACAAAAAAGCAGUAAAGUUUUGAUGUUAUAGAAAUUUUAUGAGGUUCUUAUCGCCCUAACUCCAAAUUAAGGUCAUCUUUACAGGGCACGGCCUUGAAUGAAAAUUCCAGCUAAAACGAUAGACCUUACAUAUUGGGGUGGCAAACGGUAAUGUGUAAGGUUAGACGAGCUUCCGAACAUAUUACCACUAAGCUUCUGCGGGGUUUCGGUAUCGCCCAGCCUUGUGAGGGUUUUCGCUAAUCGCUAAUUGUAAUGCUCGGAAACAUCAAUCUGCCAAAGCAGUAAUUUUCUCCAUCGUUUACCGAUCUGGGGUGGUACUUGGUUCCAACAGGGAUUUAAAUAUAUUUUGGCAAUAUCAUAAUGUUCCAGAAAUAAGAAAUUGGCAUUUCAGAAUAGCCCGCCGUGUGGGCCAUUUGAUCACUGCACUUUAUUCUACUUUCGUUCCCCU